AGUAGAAAAGUAAGGAAACAAGUACUACGUAGUAUAAUGAGUUGUUGCCGCCAAAAAAACACAAUAAACAAUUAUAUCACUCCUUCCUAAAAAAACAUAAAAUUAUAUCACUCCUUAUUUUCGUGCUACUCGAUACUCUUCAUCCUCACCAAAAGAAACAAAAACCGAAGGGAAAACGAAAGCCAGAACAGUUCAAUUCAGAACUUCAGAUCAAACCAUCGUCGUCCUCAUCUGUCGCCGUUGCGCCAUCCAUCUCCUCCCCGCGUACAUAUACUUGGAGACCCGAGUUCGAUGCUAAGGCUAGGAGAGAAUUUGACAAAAAUUAGGGGACCGACUUAGGGGUACAUUGAACCAAGUUUACAAAAUGGCUCUCCAUAAGCAAGUUAGUUUCAUGACUGACACUGUUCGAGCUGAAUUCAUAAAUAAGCGUAAGCAUCCUGAUUUUGUGAAACGUUUUAACCAAGCAAGAGAUAAUCGGUUAUUUGGCCAAACAUUAGAGAAGUUUGACCCUGGCCAUCGCCAAGGUAGUGUAUCUACUUCUCAAGUGGUUAAAAAAUUGGUAAGUGUAUGAUUUUAUUAGCAGCAAACUUAUGAUUUUUAAUAUAAGAUUGAAGCUAGUAGAAAAUGUUUAGCCACUAAUAGAGAUGAUUAUAACUGCUCUUUAUUACAAUUGCUCUGUAGUCUAUGUCCCCCUAUUUUUUGUUGUUUUUUAGUGCCAACAACUUCUAAUACAAGGCAAAGAAAAAGGAUGGAAUUUUACCAACUGCUGCUGAAGUCUAUGAGAGCACUCAUUCUGUUUGUGUGGGCAAUGAUGAAGUUUAAUUGAUGAGUGACAAGUCUCAAAAAGUCAUGGGAGAAUAUAUGGAAAAACUUGAGGAAUAUAAGAACAAAGGAAUUGAGAUAAACCCCGACAAAGUCUACUUGGAGGUUUUAGGUGGGAAAAAGAAAGGAAAAGUCUACGGUUUAGGGAGUGCUUCACAAAUGUAUUACAAGAGCGAUCUUACUUCUCAAUCUACUGCAUCAUCUUCCACUCCUUCCAUGAUUUCUCAAUUAAGUUCUCCAGUUGAAGAACUAAAGAAGACGGCGGAAGAAAACCAUAACAAGGUAGAAGAAAGCCAAAAAAUAGCGUCAGAGAGAUUAAAAUAUGCUAAGGAAUUCGUCGAAAAUCAUGAGAUUGAAAAAGCUACAUGGAAGAAGGAAAAAUUAGCUAUGCAAAAAACAUUCAAGGAAAUGGCAUCACUUGUAAAAUAAGAUUAUCGUACUUAUAAGCCUCCUACGCCUGCAGUCACCCGCUCUCGUGAUACAACUAAGUGAAUUUUAUUUUCUUGGUGGUAAUUUUAUGAACAGCUGGUCUUUUACAUUGUUAUUAGUUCUUAUUUAAAGUAGUUUUUUUUAUAUGGGAGGUGACUUUUGAAACAAUUAGUUAUAUGAGUUAAAUAUUGUUUUUAAUACAGUGAUACAAAAUUGAUGAUAUUUUGGAUAUUUGAAUAAAAUUAACAUUUUGGUUAUUUGAAUUUA